AUGCUGGCAGCGGCGGUGGCGGAAGAGGUGGUGGAAGGCGAGGUGGUGGAGGGCGAGGCGGUGGAAGGCGAGGCGGUGGAGGGCGAGGCGGUGGAGGGCGAGGCGGUGGAGGGCGAGGCGGUGGAAGGCGAGGCGGUGGAGGGCGAGGCGGUGGAAGACGAGGCGGUGGAGGGCGAGGCGGUGGAGGGCGAGGCGGUGGAGGGCGAGGCGGUGGAAUGCGAGGCGGUGGUUGGCGAGGCGAUGGAGGGCAAGGCGGUGGAAGGCGAGGCGGUGGAGGGCGAGGCGGUGGAGGGUGAGGCGGUGGAAGGCGAGACGGUGGAGGGCGAGGCGGUGGAAGGCGAGGCGGUGGAGGGCGAGGCGGUGGAGGGCGAGGCGGUGAAGGGCGAGGCGGUGGAGGGCGAGGCGGUGGAGGGCGAGGCGGUGGAGGGCGAGGCGGUGGAAGGCGAGGCGGUGGAGGGCGAGGCGGUGGAAGGCGAGGCGGUGGAGGGCGAGGCGGUGGAGGGCGAGGCGGUGGAGGGCGAGGCGGUGGAGGGCGAGGCGGUGGAGGGCGAGGCGGUGGAGGGCGAGGCGGUGGAGGGCGAGGCGGUGGAGGGCGAGGCGGUGGAGGGCGAGGCGGUGGAGGGCGAGGCGGUGGAGGGCGAGGCGGUGCGUGGUGGAAUGAUGGCUAUGACGGAAGUAGUGGGGAACGAGGUGGUAUAA